AGUUAUGCGUAUGUUAUGAAUCCAAGAUGGCGGACUGAUUGAGUUCAUGUUGCGUUGUUUUCAGGUCAGUAGUUUUACGUUUAAAUCUAGAGCUUUUUCUCGAUCGGUGACAGUCUUAUAAUGUGAUUUAUAUGUGUUUUUGUUAGUAUGUUAAAAAUCAAGUAGUUUUUUUUAAUUAAUGCCUUUGAAAAUAGAGCAUGUUUACACGGUGAAUUCAAUUUCUGUGCAGUUCCUUCGAUUUAUGUUCCAUGUUCUGUAAAAUUCGUUUUAAAUCUAGGCAAAACGGUGGGUUAUCUGGUUUGCGAAUUAAGUUUGAAGCGUUAUGAAGAAGAUUGUCUUGGAAAAAGAGUCACCAUUUUCGAUAUCUUUAAAAGACUAACGUGAUUAUGGCGGCAGAAAGUCAACAAGUUGGCACUACUCGAAGACGUGUAAAGUUAUACACAUUAAAUGAAGAGAGGCAAUGGGAUGAUCGCGGAACUGGACAUGUUUAUUCCACUGAUAACGGAUCUCUCGAAGGAGUGACUCUAAUAGUCAAAUCUGAAUCUGAUAUGAGUAUUCUCCUCGAAUCGAAAAUUCAAACCGAUACGGCGUAUCAAAAACAACAAGAGACUCUUAUUGUUUGGGCCGAAACAGAUUCUCAUAAUCUCGCUCUUAGCUUUCAAGAGAAAGCAGGAUGUGAUGAAAUUUGGGAAAAAAUUUGUCAGGUACAAGGCAAGGACCCCAGUGUGGAGUCUACCCAGGAAGGUGAUGAAUCCGAAGAUGAGCGAUACGAAGAAUCGAUAUCGGAUACUGGUCCUGGUGCAAUAUCGACUUCUCCAGUCUUAUUACCUCCUUGCGAGGUUUCUAAACUGCCACAAAUUGCCGAAAUAGUACAAAUGGCCAUAACGACACCUGUAAAACGGGAACAGCUCGCUCUUGAAGUCGAAAACGAAGGAUACAUUCCGAAGUUGCUAGAGGUUUUUAGAAUGUGCGAAGAUUUAGAAAACAAAGAGGGAUUGCAUAAAGUGCAUGACAUUAUUAGGAAUUUAAUUUUAUUAAAUCGUACGCCAUUAUACGAAGUUAUGUUCUCGGAAGAUAACAUUAUGGAUGUUGUUGGAGCUUUAGAAUAUGACUCGAAUACCGAUCAACACAUGCAGCACAGGGAAUUCUUAAAAGAUCGGGUUCAAUUUCGACAAGUUCUUCCUAUGACUAAUACUGACCUGUUGAAUAAGAUACAUCAAACUUACAGAGUGCAAUAUGUGCAUGAUGUCGUUAUGCCGACGCCAUCAGUGUUCGACGAGAACGUUUUAACAGCACUUAAUUCUUUCCUAUUUUUUAAUAAAGUUGAUAUUGUAACCAUGCUUCAAGAUGACGACAAUUUCCUUCAAAUGCUCUUCUCUCAGUUGGUUGAAGAAUCGACGGAUGACAGUCGACGCUUGGAAUUGCUUCUAUUUUUGAAGGAAUUGUGCAGUUUUGCCCAGACACUUCAACCAGUCAAUCGAGAAAUGUUUUUCAGGACUCUCUCUAAUGUCGGAUUUCUAUCGUCACUUGAAGUUAUACUGGGAUUCGAAAAGGAGCAGCUACGACAAAUAUCAAUUGACAUUUUAGCAUUGGCUGUCGAAUACUGUGCAUCGGCUAUAGUAGAAUAUAUUUUGAAGGAGGGUCAGCAAAAGUCAGAAGACGAUGAAAUGCUGAUCAAUAUUCUUAUUGAGCAAAUUAUUCAUGAUACUGAUUCGGAAUUGGGACUUGCAGCCCAGAUAACGGGCAUUCUAAAGAUGUUAAUAGAUCCCGAUAACGCAAUUGAUUCAACGAGUAGUUCGAAGUGCGAAAAGAACGACUUGAUUAAAUUUUUUUAUAAGCACAGUAUGCACAACCUGACUGCUCCCUUAUACGCGAACACUGCUGACGGAAAGCCUAGCAGGGAUGACUACAAGACGGCAAUGCUGCUCUCUCUAAUUUUGGAUUUGAUUACGUUUUGUUUAGAACGACACUCUUUUCAUAUAAAAAAUUAUGUGCUUAAUAAGGACUUAUUUACAAGGGUUCUUAUUUUAAUGAAAUCUAAGCACUCAUUUUUGGCACUGACUGCUUUAAGGCUUAUCAGGAAGGUUGUAGCACUAAAAGACGAAUUUUAUUUAAUGUGUAUAGCAAGGACUAAUCAUCUAAAAUUCGUUGUGGAUGCUUUUCUAUUAAAUGGUCCACGAUAUAAUCUUCUCAAUUCGGCAAUAAUUGAAUUGUUUGAAUUUAUAAGAGUGGACGGAAUUAAGACAUUGGUCACUAAUAUUGCCGAAGUUCAUUGGCCUCGAUUAGAGCAUGUGAAAUAUGUUACAACUUUUAGGUUGAUUAGAGAUCAGUACGAGCAACACAAACAAUUGUCAGAUGAUUGUACUUCCGUGACAGCAACUCCAGGUUCAGCUCCUCUAGAUGGCGUUAGACAAAGAUUUAGGAGAGAUGAUCGAAGUCCCGACGUCGAUGAGGAAAUGUGGUUCGAGCAGGAUGAUGAAUCAGAUUUAGCAACUGCUGUACCAGAACUACUUAGACCAGAGCCUAAUAGGAUCGAACAAAACUUUACUAAAAAAUCAGUGAAUGAUGUAGAGGAUAUUGUUACUGCGCCACGCAUAUUCUCCAGAAACUCUCCAAUUCAAAUUCAUUUAAGGACUCCUCUACCCUUAACGCCUUCACCACCACCGUCCAGUCCAAAUUCAAGCCCGAGCACACAGGCUGAUGUUAAAGGCCCUAUCAAAAAUGGACAGUCGGAGGUAGUUAGCGAGAAUACCACUGAAGCUCAAACUAGUUCAAGCACUUGUCCCCAGAGCGUUAUUGGACUAGUUGAUUAUCCGUCAGACGAAGACGAUGACGAUGAUAAUAAUUCUGACGAGACUCAAUCGAAACGUAUUCGUUUGGAAAAUCCGUCUUGA